CAUAAUCAUAACCUUCUUAAAAAGCAAAACACAACCCUUUAUUUCAUUUUAUUUAAUCAUCAUCAUUAUUAUUAUUUUUAUUAUUUCAGUUUUCAAAAGUUCAAACGGUUUGUGACUUUAUUUUAUCAAUGGAAGAUAAUGAAUGGAAUCACUAUGAUCCUCUUCUUCUCACUGACGUUUCUUUUCAACAACAAAAAACCAUUUCCACUAGUGUUUCACAAUUAUCUCUUAGCUCUCUGAAUUCAGCUAUGGAUGCAGAUCCCCAAUCUUGUGGUGGAAACCCUAGUUAUGGAUUGUCUCGGGAAAAUGAAAGCUUUGAAAGGAACAGUUUGCAAUUUGAUGACCCAAUUGCGAAAAAUUUAGUUGAUGGACGAUCGGUAUUAGGGUUUUCAAUGAAUUCGCCGGAUUUAGUGAUCUGUGCUGGCUCACCAGAUAUUGCAGGAAUGAGUUAUUGUGAUUCUCCUGAGAUAUCGAAGAGCAAAAAUUGCUUCAAUUUGGAUACAUCAAUGGAACUUUCUCUUGAGAAUGGAAUCAAUGCAUCUGAAGUUGAAGUUUGCAAUGUCCAUAAGACUCCAACUGUUAAAUUUUCCAAUUUGUGUCAAACUAUUGAACCGGAAGAAGAGUUACUAUCACCUGAAGCCUCAUUUGAGCUUCAUCCGCCACCGAUAACAAACGACGAGUCGCCUCGAGAUUACUCGCUUAGAGAUAAUGAAAUGUUAGAAGAUGCUAGAGUGUCUCAGGAGGAAGAAUUGGAAUGCUCAGAAGAUGCUGAGGAUAUCGGGGUAGAAGAGAAGUUUCUGAAGCUGAAAAGAGAUUUUGAGUGUCAGAGAAAAGAGCUGGCAGUAACUAGGAGGGAGUUGGGGGAGCUCAAGAGGGAGAAUCAGCAGAAAAGUAGUGAAUGUCAAGAAGCUUUGAAGUCCUUAAAAGAGCUUCAGAAUGAGCUAAUGCGCAAGUCGAUGCACGUAGGAUCUUUAGCAUUUGCUAUUGAAGGGCAAGUGAAAGAGAAAAGCAAGUGGUUUAUUUCACUAAGAGACUUGACGAGGAAAUUGAAGAUUAUGAAAAUGGAACACAUGAAGCUAUUAGAGGAAGCAGAAGCAUACAAGAAAUAUGAAGCUGAUAUAAGUGAAUUGGGACUCAUCAUCAAGUCUAAAAUGAAUGAACAACUAGCGUCACAUGAAGAUCUCAAGUCCAAAUAUAUUGAAGGGGCUAAGGUUCAAAAAGAGCUUUACAAUAAGGUAUUGGAGUUGAGAGGAAACAUAAGGGUCUUUUGCCGGUGUAGGCCGCUCAAUGCUGAAGAGAUAAAAGGAGGAGCCGCAAUGGCCUUAGAUUUUGAUUCUGCUAGAGAUGGUGAGCUUACUGUAAUGUCAAAUGGAUCUCCAAAAAAGACUUUUAAGUUUGAUGCUGUGUUUAGCCCUCAAGUUGAACAAGCUGAUAUCUUUGUGGACACUGUACCAUUUGCAACCUCGGUUUUAGAUGGAUACAAUGUAUGCAUUUUUGCAUACGGACAAACUGGUACAGGAAAAACCUUCACAAUGGAGGGCACAGAAGACGCUCGUGGAGUUAAUUUCAGGACUCUUGAGAAAAUGUUUGAUAUAAUCAAGGAAAGACAAUCCCUCUAUCGUUAUGAUGUUUCCGUAAGUGUCUUAGAAGUGUACAAUGAGCAAAUAAGAGAUUUGCUGGUUUCAGGAAAUCAUCCAGGAAUGUCUGGAAAAAGAUUGGAGAUAAGGCAAUCUGGUGAUGGAAUGCAUAUUCCGGGGUUGGUUGAGGCACAUGUGAACAACAUGAAUGAAGUGUGGGAAGUCCUACAAACUGGUAGCAAUGCAAGGGCCGUAAGCUCAACUAAUGCGAACGAGCACAGUAGCCGAUCUCACUGCAUUCACUGUGUCAUGGUUAAGGGAGAAAAUCUGUUGAAUGGAGAACACACUAGAAGCAAGUUAUGGCUUGUGGACUUAGCAGGCAGUGAAAGAGUUGCAAAGACAGAAGUUCAAGGUGAUAGAUUGAAGGAGACACAGAAUAUUAAUAGAUCUCUUUCUGCACUUGGUGAUGUCAUUUCAGCUCUUGCAACUAAAAGUUCUCACAUCCCUUUCAGGAACUCUAAGCUUACACACUUGUUACAAGACUCAUUAGGAGGAGACUCAAAGACACUCAUGUUUGUACAGAUCAGUCCUAAUGAAAACGAUUUGGGCGAGACAAUUUGCUCUCUAAACUUUGCUAGUAGAGUAAGGGGGAUAGAAUUGGGCCCUCCAAAAAAACAGUGGGACACUAUUGAACUUCUGAAACAUAAACAGAUGGCUGAGAAAACUAAACAAGAGCUAAAGCUGAAGGACUUUCAAAUCAAGAAGAUGGAGGAAACAAUCCAUGGCUUCGAGUCCAAAAUGAAGGAAAAAGAUCAUAAAAACAAAGCUCUUCAAGAUAAGGUCAAGGAACUGGAAUCGCAACUUAUGAUUGAGAGAAAGUUAGCGCGUCAACAUGUAGACUCGAAGAUAGCUGAGCAACAUCAAAUGAAGCAUCAAGAAGAGCAAAACAAUCCAAUUUGGAGAGCAACACCACUUGCAAAUAGACCAUUAGCAACUCUCAAAAAUUUUAAUGAUCCUGCUAAACCUUUAACCGAGAACAACAUCUUAAAACCUUACAAUAUACCCUUUUCUACAAUAGAAAGCUCCAUCGAGUGUAUUGAUCACAAUGAGAAAGAAAACAACCCCGACAUGGCCGAUAUCAAAUCACUACUUCCAAAGAAGACAUCAAGAGCUUCAUUAUGCACAAUGACACCGCGCGGUGUUCCUUCGACAGCUAUUUCAAGGAGAAACUCUUUGAUUCCACUCCCAAACUUAACACAUUUUCAAUCAUCACCGUUCAUACCAAAGUUAACAAACCAAGAAGUAAACGAGGAAUCAGAAACCUUACAAGAGAGUCCUAAAGAAGUUAAAAGUGGUGUUAAGAAGAUAGGUAGCAUACUAAGAAGAAGCAUACAUAAGAAAGGACAAGUGAGGUCUCCAUUACAACAACAUAUGAGAAAAGUUGGUGGUGUAAAUGUAGGGAUGGAGAAAGUGAGAGUUUCUAUUGGAAGUAGAGGGAAAUUGGCACAAAGAGGGGUGCAAGUUGGAAAUGGGAGAAGAGGUGGGGGUGCAAAAGAGAUUCAACAGAAGAAUAGUCAUAAGGACAAGGAAAGGGCAUGGAUAUAAAAGAUGAGUUGAUCUAGAUUUUUUUUUUUGCAAUGUGUGGAUAGAUAACGUUGAUUUGUGUGUUUUUAAGGUAUGAAAAAUGUAUCAUUUUUCAUGUGAAAUGGGACAAUGGAUUAAUUUUUUUAUUUUUAUUUUUUAAAAACUUUUAUGGGAGAAUGGAGCAAGUCUCUUGUAAAUUAUGCAUGGCGGUGUUUAGUUUUUCUAUAAUUUUAAAUUGUGACAAGAAACACUCGGAAAUCGGAAUACAAUGUGAGAUUUGGAUUUGACGCACA